AUGAAAGAUAGUUUAGAAGUUGCCAUGAAAAUUGCAUCACAGGUCACAUGGGGCUUACUCGUGAGAGCAAGAAAUGCGGAUUCUUCGCAAGAAACUCAUGGCAAUGGCCCUGACACGGUUGGCUUGUGCAAGAGAGAAUUCAAAUGGAUCUUGGAAGCUUAG